CAUACUCCAGAACAGCAACAAGCACCACCUACUCCCGAACAACAACAAGCACCACCUACUCCACAACAGCGACUGGGUCUGCAGGAAGUACAACUUAGUCCACAACACUAUUUACAAGUUGGUCCACAACAGUAUUUACAAGUUGGUCCACAACAGUAUUUACAACUUAGUCCACAACGGUAUUUACAACUUGGUUCACAACAGUAUUCACCACCACAUUUACAAGUCGGACCUGAGCUGUCAUAUACAUCACUAGCUAUUGCACAACAGCAGCAACAAGCACUACAGAUUCAAGAACAGCAGCAGCAACAAGCACUACAGAUUCAACAACAGCAGCAGCAAGAAGCACUACAGAUUCAACAACAUCAACUGAUGCAGCAACAAUUACAAUAUAUAGCACAUCAGCAAGAACAAGGUUCACAAUUUGUUCAGCAACCUAUACCAUACAUGUCACAUCCGUGGCAACUACAAGGACCACGUAUUCUACAACAACCACAGCUAGAUAUUUCACAUACUGCACAAUCAUCACAGCAACAUAUUCCAUCUGUUGUACAACCAGCACAAUUACACUUCGAAAGUUCACCAAUUCAUUAUCAGCAACAAUAUGGACCA